GGGCUAGAAAAAGGGAGACAGCAGACGACAAGAGCAUCCUUGUUCUCUUUAAACCCUAAAUUACAAGCAAAUCACCAACAGAGAGAGUAAUGGCGAAAAAUUCUGGUAGCUCGUUUGAAGCAGAGAAAUCAGAGGGAAAGUGUGUUACGACGACUACUGAAGCACAACAAAGUAGUCAACCUGUUUUGAGCAAGGAAGAGGAGAAAGUGAGAGAUAGCUACUUGUUCUGCUGUGAAAAUUUCUACACUCUUCCUGAGAUGAUCAAUUUCAUGAAGGAGAUUCAUGGUGUAGAACAAACCACUGUGACAAAGGUUUUCAGGGAACUUUUAAAAGGUAGAAAAGCUGAAGCAUAUCUCAGAGAAUCUCAGAAAAGAAUGAAGGCAAGAACAACAACAACAACUUGAACAGAGGAGGAUGAGGCUUAGGUUGCUCUAAUUUGAAAUUCUUUGGUUUGGUUUACUGGUUAGUAAGAAAUAGACUUGUAUUGUCACAUUUUUUUAUCAUAUUUUGAGGUCCAUUGCUUUGGGUGUAUGGACCAGACUAGGACAAAUGAAUAGGAGAUGCAAAAGGGUAAUAAUGGAGAAGUCAGUCUUGUUGGUCUAUUCUUGUCCGAGUCCAUGAUUUUUAGAGGGAGAACUAGAAGGAGGAACUAAAAGUUGUUUAGGUUAAUGGUUUAGGUGCUAAGUGUUGGCUCUGUGUGUUACUUAUGACUCGUGGGAUCUAAUGUCUUGUGAAAAAUCACUUGUGAGAUAAAAUGGACAUAGUCUAGAGAAGAAGGUAUAUAAGAAGAAAAGCAGUCAACUUAACUACAAAAUCACAACGGCUCACAACUGUUUUAUGUUGUAGAAGUUGGUUGCUUCUUAGAGUGGUUCAUUCUUCAUUACCAGCUA